UACAUGAGUUUGUUGCAAACCGGCGGCACAAAGGAAGCUUCAUUUUCAUCCAACCACUUCGAUAAGUUGAUAGCACUGCCAAGUUUUAGGUCUACUUUAGCCAUUUUUGCAUAAAAAAGUAAAUACUAUCAAAUAUUCGCGCAAUAUCUCAAUAAUUCCUUAGCACGAUCUCAGAGAUUCCUUAGUUUUCCCUAACAUUGGGCCAAUAUUUGGAAGUUUCAAUUUUUCAUGAAGUCAUUUCCUGCAUUUUUAUGCAAACCUAAACUUUAUAUCUGUUGAGACACAUGUUACUAGGUCUUCUUUGGAAUGUCUUCCUUAAUAUAAAGUCCUCAAAACGUUCCAACGUUGAUAAGUUUGAUUUCAAUUUUCUAAAAACUAUGCAAAAUUCCUACUUCUAUUAUCGAAGGAUCAACUAUUAAAACCCAGUUAAUUAACCGGAGGGGGAGGUGAUUGAAAUUUGUUCCAACAUGGCGACUUCAGAACAACAAAAUAUUGAUUUAACUAAAGAGUUUAGUCUGUUGCCCGCGGGUUACGAUAUUUUAAAGUCGAUAGAAAAGACAAACGAUUCUCAAGAGGUCACACGAAAGGUAUCUUAGUGUUGUACAUUUCUACAGUGUCUACAGUAUAACAGCAAUUAGAAAUACACUCCCAUACUUAAUACCUUGAACUCCCAUUGACAUUGUUCGUAUCUCCAACAUACAGGUAGCAGCUUUCCGUGAGAAGAUUCAGUCCUGCCGUGAAAUGUUGGAGAAAAUCCCUGGUGUGGAUACAAAUGUUGAAAAACAAAAGAGAGAACUUGAAUUUUAUCAAAAUAAAUACAAAGAAAAAUGGUACAGUACAUGGGCCUGGCUGUCUAUGAAUCAUAAUUUUUACAAAAAAUUGUUUGAGACAACUUUAAUAAAUUCCUAUCAUUUUUCUUUCUCUAGUGAACUUUUGGAACAAUAUAGAACAUUACCUUUGUUUACUCAUACGCCAAAUAUGCAAGGACGCUAGUUCACUUCUGCAAUAACCUAUCAAACCCCAGUUAAUGAGCCACCUUGUCUGUAUAAUGCUGUCAGAAAGUUUAACAAUGCACAAAUAGUUUGGCUCUACAAUACUGUGUGAAAGAUAAACAAGAGAUGAAUCCUGUUUCAGUUCUGGACAUCCAGUGAACCAAUUCAUAUACAGACUACAGUAACCUUAGAAGUUUCCUCUGAUGAUAUUUGUCACGGACUGCAAAAACUAUUAAUGUAUAAAAUUGAUUACAAAAGGGUGUUUGUACUCUUCAAAUAAAUAAAUAAAUAAAUAAAUAUUAAAUAAAUAAACUUUUCUUCCUUUUUGCUUUACAUUUUCAUACACACUGGCUCUAUUUAUACUACUGGGACCGUUUGUUAAAAGCACGUUUAGCGCUAACCGUGGGUUAAAUUUAACCCAUUGUUUCGGCUUAUGAAUAUCUGUAUGUCAGACAAGUUUUUGAAAAUAUAUUUCCAAGUUGCUGGGAACUAUGGUUUGAAACCAACAUCUGAUGACCCAACUAGAUUUCGGCAAAAGAUAGUUCAUAUGUAACCUGCGCUAAUAUUGCAUCUGUUUAGAAAC